AUGGUUUUGCUAUCAACAUGCCGUGAUGUGGAACUGCACGCAGGAGGUUCUGCGGCCGGCUGGCAGGUCCGCAGCAGCGCUCCCACCGCAAACCGGAGCCUGGGGUCUCUGACCCCGCGCGGGCGCUGGGGCUGUAACCCCAGCCCCUUCAGCAGUGCUCGGGGAGGAUUUGGGCUCCGCAGCAGAUAUUCAGCAUUUACACCUUGUCACGCUGCAAACACACGCAGUGGAGAUAAAAGGAUAAAAAACUUCAUGGAGAAACUUCUUGAAGACAGCUCAGGGUCAGGCACGUUAGGGUCUUUAAGUUUUUCUAGAAUUCUGAAAAGUUUGAAAUGGUCGUCACCUCCAGAAGCCAUUGAACGCUUUAAAUCUCAAGAAAUAUGGUUUGCUCCACCUCAGUUCUAUGAAUUGUGUAGGCUGUGCAACUUCUCUUCACUCCGUGAGUUACACAAGUUCAGCUCUGAUCGGGCUCUAGAGGGAUGUGAACGUUGGAUGCCUGUGAUGUUAACUGCUUCAGAUGGCUACAUUCAGCUGUUGCCAGGAGAUGAGUUAUAUCCAGAAGAUCCAGAUUAUACAGGAGAAAAGAAAAUAAUCAUGUCAACAGAUAAGAAGGUUGAAGAUCUCAUGAAAGAGGGUAGUGUAUUUCACAGGAUAGUAAUAAAAAACAUCAACAAUCUUGCUGUCUAUGUUAAUAUUCAAGCAAAAUAUAAACAUAAGAAUCCAGUGAUGAUAAACUCUGAGUGUUCAGAUUACAAUAGCAGAUUAUAA